GUCGUUUAUCAAGCCGGAAAGACAAUUGCAUUUUGCAAAUUCACCGAAUGGGGAGCUGCUCAAGGCAUGGCUGGUGCGGUUGGCACUCAGCUGCAGGCCUUGGGUGAUGCACUUCGUCCUGGAGCUCAAGGUCAUCCUGGUGUAUGUCAAGGCGGUCCUUCUGGUCUACUUCCUCUACAAGGUCUUCCUGCUGGACGUCCUCAAGGCAGUGAUCAGGGAGUCGGUGACCGAAAUGGUGGCCAACCUAGAGGAGGAUUCUGGUAGUCUCUUGGGGCCAUUGGCGGAGCCGUUGCCGCCAUUCGUGGAGUUUAACCUGCCGCAGGAUCAGCUUCAAAGGGAGUCUGCCGCAGUUCCACACCAGCCUGUGCCACAGCCUCAGGGAAGCCAACCGGCAUCCAACAUGGUGAGCCCGGUUCCCAUGCAAAUGGUGAGCCCGGUUCCCAUGCAGGCAUUGGCCACAGGGAUGAGCCCAGCUCCUGCUGGAUGUGAGCCAACGGGAGGAAACCAAGUGGUGGUGGAUCCAGCUGCGAGAGCAGUGGAGGAGAUCAUACAGAGGGUGAUGCGGGAGGCAGAAGAGGCCUUUGCCAGGGAGGUGAAAAGGCUUCAGGGGCCAACCGAAGAGACUCAAUCAUACCAGUCAGCUUCCAGUGGAGCUGGAGUUGGUGCCGGGAUUGGACAGACUAUGGGUGUUCCUCAGCCUAUGGGAGGAGGCCGUAAUAGCCCACCUCGUGGAAUGGGAGGCAUGCCGUCUCCGCCACCUGGGAUAGCUGUUCCUACGCAAGCGGGAUCGGCUUUGACAGAGGCUUUGCGGACCUUGGAACUACCCAAGCUCCCUGCUCCUGGGGGUGAAGGGGCGUCUCUCCAAUUCGGAGACUGGGUCACAGUAGUGUAUCCGCUGAUGUGCGAUGUGUCAGGAUCUGCCAGUGAAUGGUGGGGAUCAAUGGUCCAAGGCGUGGAGAACCAUUAUGCGCAGUGGUUGACUGCAUCUCCUUUGGAAAAGUUGAGAAUGCGGCCAACGCCACCUGUGCACUUGGAAGCGAAUCCACGACUGGAACAGCAAGCAGUCACAAUGCUCUUGGGUGUGUUGCCGGAGUCCUUGAGACAGGACAUCAUUGCCUCAAGGCGACUGACGACCACAGGCAUCCUGUUUCGCUUGUACACGUCCUACCAGCCAGGUGGUUCGGGUGAACGAACAGGAUUGAUUCGGUCCCUCAGUGAGGUGAAGGUGUCCUGUCAAAGUUCGCAGAUGGAGCUGCGAAACUGGGGCGGAAGCCAAGUGGCGUUCCGACUGGCAUCCAUGCGCCAAGAGCUGGAUGUAGAUCGAACUCCUAGUUGGGAAUCAGUGAAUGACUGGGCAGAGUAUAUCCAAGCUGAGUUGGAGGAACUUGCCAAUGCUCAAGUUGCUGGAAAGGCGACGCCGUCGAAUCCGCCAGCGUUGGCACCUGUGCUGACGCAGGGGAAUCCGGCUGUCAAGGCCUUAUCCGGUGAUGGGCAGAAGCCUUGGGACAGGAAUGAUGGGCAGAAGCCCCGGGAUAGACAGGAUGGUGAUAAGGCACCAUGUCGUUUUUGGGGCACUGAGGAAGGAUGUCGCAGGGGUGAGAAGUGCACGUAUGCACAUUCUUGGGGAUCACUGGAGAAAUCCUCAAGGUGCUUGCUCUGCUCAUCCACGAAGCAUCGAAAGAAGGAUUGUCCAACUGUCAAACCCAAGGAGGGGAAUGGCGGUGCUCAAAAGGGCGAUCGAAAGGUUGCCAAGAUCCAAGAUAAGAAGGGCCAAAAGGGCUCGGAAAAGGAAUGCCAAAAGGAGACACCUUCGCCUGCGAAGGAGGCAGCGGAGGAAGCUCCACAACCAGAGAAGAGAUCAGAGGGAUCUCAGCCCAAGCAGGAGUCUGACUUGGUGCAGAACCUCAGUGGUCUUGUGAAAUCCAUGACAUCGAUCAAGUCGUUCUUCAUCAAGACGGUGAAAGCAGAUCGAUGUGACAUCUCACAUCCCAAGCAUGGAAACUUGGAGUGUGUGAGACGGCAGGGUUGUCCAGUGAUGGAUCGACAAUCCGCUUUGGAUCUUCUGGAGUCAUUGGAGAAGGGUGGCAUUGGUGACCACUAUGAGCCAUCUGACCAUGAAAUAGAUUGGUGGAAGAAACGGUAUCCACAGGUUCCUGACAGGAUCUGGGCAUUGAUGAGAGGCCAGGGUCUGAACUGGGAAGAGGUUGCCUCUACCUUGCCUUGGAACAGGGCUAAAAGACGAAGAUUGGAAAGGGCUCGAGGUGGAGUGGUUGUUCACCUGUUCUCUGGAUCCGGGGGGGAAUCCAAGAAGUGGAAGGACCUAGCAGGAUAUGAUACUGAAGUCCUGACAGUGGACAUCACAGCGAAUGCUCAAGAAGAUCUGCACUUGGCAGUGGUAUGGGCGGACUUAUGGGGAUUGGCAGAGAGAGGCCGGAUCAGGAUGAUCACAGCGGGCCCACCUUACAGAACAGUGAGUCGCUUCCGCCAUGGAUCUCCAGGACCCUGCCCGCUGAGGGGCAGGAAGGAUCUUCGGUUCGGGUUGAAGGACCUGAAUGAGCGUGAGUUGAUGAAGGUGGAUGGAGAUUCCGCCUUAUGGCUGAAGACCUUGGGUCUUUAUGAAAGAUCCCAGGAAGGGAUGGCCGAGAAUGGGCUCUCGGGUCAAUGUGGCCUUGUGGUGGAGAAUCCCCAAGAUCCUCAGGAGCAUGUGGAUGACGGGAAGGAGUAUCCAUCAUUCUGGGAGUGGGAGGGAGCGCUGGGGCAUCAAAGGCCCAAACCGACCAUGUUGUUGUCCAAUGUGGGACAGCUGAAGGAGCUAGAUGGGAUCACUUCGAAUGGAUCUGGAGAAGAGAUUCAGUCGGAUCUGAAGGAGAGGCUGAAGCAGACGGCAACGUGGUCAACAUGGGCUCCGGGCCUUAUGGCUGCUCUCAAGGUCGUGAUUCCCAAGUUCCUGGAUGGUCAGGCUCAGCACCAAGCAAGUUGGGCCUCGCAG